AUGAAGCUGCUGGCUUUGCUUGGCCUUUGCAUGGGCUUGUGCGCCUGGGAGGAGCCGGGUGAGCAAAGCGAAACGCGGCGCGGGGCCGGGCAGCGCGAGGGCGGGCGGCUCCGCGACCCCCGGCUGCAACGAGGCCUCUUCCAAGGGCUCUUCCUACAGAUACCCAUUGAAACUUUAGAUGUAAAAACACCUAUUUAUGAACUUUGGAUGGUGAUGGCAUCAGUGAUCAACCACAACAACGCACCUCUUGCUUUUUCCUCCAAAGUAUGUUAUAUUAAGUUUCGUGAAGCAUCGAGUGUUGGUGUGGCCCAGCAUCUAACUAACACGGUUUUUAUUGACAGAGCUUUGAUAGUUGUACCCUGCGCAGAAGGUAAAAUCCCAGAUGAAGCCAAAGCCCUUUCUCUGUUGGCACCUGCUCCUACUAUGACGAGUCUGAUGCCUGGUGCAGGGUUGCUCCCUAUACCCACACCAACUCCUCUGACUACACUUGGUGUUUCACUUGGCACUUUGGGGGCUAUACCAGCAGCAGCAUUGGACCCUAACAUUACGGCACUGGGAGAAAUACCACAGCCACCAAUUAUGGGGAAUGUGGACCCAUCCAAAAUUGAUGAAAUCAGGAGAACAGUCUAUGUUGGAAACUUGAAUUCACAGACUACAACAGCAGAUCAGCUGCUUGAAUUUUUUAAGCAAGUUGGAGAAGUCAAAUUUGUGCGAAUGGCAGGUGAUGAGACCCAGCCAACACGAUUUGCUUUUGUGGAAUUUGCAGACCAGAAUUCUGUUCCUCGAGCCCUUGCCUUUAAUGGAGUUAUGUUUGGAGACAGGCCAUUGAAAAUAAAUCACUCCAAUAAUGCCAUAGUGAAGCCUCCUGAAAUGACACCACAGGCUGCUGCCAAGGAACUGGAAGAAGUGAUGAAGAGAGUAAGGGAAGCCCAGUCUUUCAUAUCUGCUGCUAUUGAGCCAGAGUCUGGAAAGAGCAGUGAAAGAAAAGGCGGUCGAUCUCGUUCCCAUUCUCGUUCAGAAUCCAGGUCUAGUUCAAAAUCCCGAUCUAGAAGGAAAAGAUCACACUCAAAGCACAGAAGUAGAUCUGGCAAUAGAUCACUCUCAAGGCACAAGGACAGUCGGAGAUCCAGAAGUCCUCUGAGAAAACGGUCAAGAUCUAGAGAAAGGCGAAAAUCAAGAAGUUGCUCUCGUUCUCGGGACAAGAAAAGAGACAAAGAAAAGGUCAAGGAGAAAGAAAAGGCCAAAGAAAAGGAGAAAGAGAGAGAUCAAGACAAGGAGAAGGAGAGAGACCGUGACAGAGAUAAAGAAAGAGAGCGAGAUAAAGAGAGAAACAGGGACAAGGAGAAGGACAGGGACAGAGACAAAGAGAGAAACAAAGAUCGGGAGAGAGUCAGAGAUAAGGAUAGAGAUAGAGACAGGGAAAAGGAGAAGGACAAAGAUAAGGAUAAGGAAAAGGAAAAAGACAAAGAUAGGGACAAAGAAAAAGAUAGGGAAGAGAGAGAAGGUGAAGGACAAGGAGGGAGAUAA